AUGGUGUUCGAAAAGCGAAAGGGCGCCGCCGGAUCGUCGCCGAGUUCCCGACAACCAAGUGAGCACACCCCUCUUCUCUCCGGCGCCGCCGCCGGCGGGCCCCACGCCCUCUCCUCCCAGCCCAAGACCUUCGCCAACGUUUUCAUCGCCAUCGUCGGCGCCGGCGUCCUCGGCCUCCCCUACACGUUCAUGCGGUGCGGCUGGCUGACCAGCCUCGCCACCGUCUCCCUCGUCGCCGCCCUCACCUACCACUGCAUGAUGCUCCUCAUCCGCACCCGCCGCCGCCUCGAGGACUCCCCAUCCUGCGCCUUCCCAAAGAUCUCAUCUUUCGGCGACCUUGGCUUCGCCGUCUGCGGGCCCGCCGGCAGAUUCGCCGUCGACUCCAUGAUCGUCCUCUCUCAGGCGGGUUUCUGCAUCGGAUACCUAAUUUUCAUCGGCAACACUCUCGCCAGCCUUUUCAUCUCCUCCUCCUCAGGCCCAAGCCCAGCAAGAAUCUUGGGCUUCUCUGCCAAGACCAUUUACAUCUGGGCCUGUUUCCCUUUCCAAUUGGGCUUGAAUUCCAUCCCUUCACUCACACUCUUAGCCCCUCUCAGCAUUUUUGCAGAUAUAGUCGAUUUGGGGGCAAUGGGAGUAGUUAUGGUUGAGGAUUUCAUCAUAUUCACUAAGCAAAUUCCGAUAAUCGAGGCAUUCGGAACACUUUCCACGUUUUUUUACGGUUUGGGUGUGGCCAUUUACUCGUUCGAGGGAAUCGGAAUGGCUUUACCCCUCGAAUCGGAGAUGAAAAACAGGUCCAAAUUCGGCAAGAUUCUUGCUCUCACAAUGCUUUUCAUUGCAGCAAUGUAUGGUAGUUUUGGGUUAAUGGGUUACUUAGCAUUCGGCGAGAAUACGAAGGAUAUCAUCACAGCUAACAUGGGGAAAGGUCUGUUGAGUACUUUAGUUCAGUUGGGCCUCUGUAUAAAUUUGUUCUUCACAUUCCCAUUGAUGAUGAACCCUGUUUAUGAGGUUUUCGAGAGGAGAUUUUGGGAGGGAAAGUACUGCCUUUGGAUGAGAUGGAUGCUUGUGCUUGGGGUGAGCUUAGUUGCAUUGUUUGUCCCGAAUUUUGCCGAUUUUUUGUCUUUAGUCGGUAGCAGCACGUGUUGUAUGUUGGGCUUCGUUUUGCCUGCAUUGUUCCAUUAUUUGACUUUCAAGGAUGAGAUGAGCUCGAAACAAGGGUUUGUUGAUGUGGGAAUAAUUGUCAUGGGUGCCUUUCUUGGGAUAUCGGGGACUUGGUACUCUCUUGUAGAGAUUUUCUCUGUGAAGGUAUGA